AGAGGAGGAGGAAGAAGAAGUGACGCGACCACGUAACUAGUCUAGUUGUAGCGCGUCCUUAGCUAGAGCGUAUUAGCUAAUGUGUGUAUAAAAUCUCAGUUUUAGAUUAAUAUUACCAAUGUACCUGUACCAUGUUCACAUUACGAUGUUGUUAGUUCGACGUAGACAGAAAAAGACAGUUUCGUUCUACCUCGUCCCUGCGUCACUUUGACGCUUCUCACGCUAGCUUAGCUUGUUAGCAGCUAACAAAGAAACGCGGAAGUUAGCAACAGAUUGCUCAACAGAGAUCAGGUGUGAUCGUAAAGCGCUGAGAUUGUGUGAAAACGUGCGAAAGAACAAUAGAAGAGUACGAGGAAGCACUUUCGCCAAUAAAAGAGGAGAACGAGCGACAACGUCAACUACUCGACUCUGUUUUCAAGAGGCAUAACAUUAUACAAAGCAGGGUCGCGGGUAUGCUGGAGCCACUGAUCUGUACUAAUAAGUCUGGAUAGAUCAUUGGUCAAUGACUUGUGAAGCCACGCGGCCGCCAUAUUACCACUCACAAGAAACACUUCUCAGACAAGCUUUUGCAUUCGUGGUGAACUUCUUUUAUUAAUUCGGAUUGGACACAAAUUUUGCCUUAAGAUGCCUGCAUGUGCAGCUAUUAACUGCACAAAUCGCCAGUUCAAAGGCUGUGGACGAACAUUUCACCUGUUUCCAUUUAGCCGUCGACAGUUGCUGGCAUCAUGGCUCGUAAACAUGAGACGAGAUAAGUGGACACCAACACGUAAAUCAGUCCUUUGUAGUGACCACUUUGAAGCAGCAUGUUUUGACAGAACUGGCCAAACAACACGUCUCAAAAUGGAUGCAGUUCCCACAGUUUUCCAUUUUCCAAGGCAUUUGCAGAAGAGGCAGGAGUGGAGCUCCAGGAUGGAGCAGGAGGAGCCACAGCCCCCCCACAUUAAAGAGGAAGCGGAGGAGCCACAGGCCCUCCAUGUUAAGAAGGAAGAGGAGCAGUCACAGCCCCCUCACAUUAAAGACGAAGGGAAGGAGCCACAGCCCUCCCAUGUGAAAAAGGAAGUGGAGGAGGCAAAGCCCCUUCACAUUAAAGAUGAAGAGGAGGAUCACAGCAUCAAUCAGGAGGGAGAACAUCCUGAAAGACUGGAGGAGGCAGAUAUCACCGAGUUCCCAGUGAUUUGUGUCAUUGUGAAGGGUGAAGAUGUUGAAGACAAAGGUGAAAGUGAGGAGAAGACAGAGGUGGAGCCUCCAAGCAGCAGCUCAACUCAACACAUGACGACAGGAACUGAUGGAGACCACUGUGGAGGAUCACAAGCAGACAACCUCCUCGCUCCACUUUCAGAUAGUGACAACACAAUGUCACACUCUCCUGACACUGAUGAUGAAGACUCUAAAGCUGAUAUGACAUGUCACAUUGACAACACACUCUUUAAAUGCUCUCAGUGUGGCAAAACCUUUAACGACCGCAGUAAUCGGAGAAGACACAUGAGAAGUCACACAGGAGAGAAACCGUACAUCUGCUCAGUUUGCGGCAAAGCAUUCGCUCACAAGGGAAAUUUGACAAUACACACAAGAGCACACACUGGAGAGAAACCAUAUUCCUGUUCAGUGUGCAAAGCACAUUUUAGUCACAACAAAGUGCUGACUCAACACAUGAGAACGCACACGGGAGAGAAACCUUUUACGUGCUCAAUUUGUGGUAAAAACUUCUCUCAAAAGUCACACUUGAGAACACACACCAGAACGCACACUGGGGAGAAACCUUUCACCUGCAUUGUCUGCAACGCCAGCUUUGGGGCGCACUCAGUCAUGACAAAACACAUGCGAACGCACACUGGGGAGAAACCCUUUACCUGCUCUGUUUGCAAUGCUAGUUUUGGGGUGCACUCAGUCAUGGUGAGACACAUGCGAACACACACUGGGGAGAAACCCUUUGCCUGCUCAGCUUGUGGCAAAAGAUUCACUCAAAAGGGAAGCUUGAUUAUACACACGAGAACCCACACCGGAGAGAAACCCUUUCCCUGCUCGGUGUGCAACAAACAUUUUCCGGUUCGUUCAGCGCUGGCUCGGCACAUGAAAACGCACAACACGCAGUAACAUUUACCACGCUCAUUUUGUGGUUAAUACUUGUUGUGUGACAUUGCUGUCGUCAUCGCCUGUGUGUCUGUGUAACAGUGUCGCUAACACAAUUAUGUUAAUCUGCUAUUUAAGGAAAAUACAUCAUGUAACAACUGACUAGUAGUUUAUAAAACAAUAUUAGAAUAAAAAAUGAUUUCAAAGAAUGUAAUGAAAGUGCAAGGAUUAAUAAAUGGAAAUAUCAAACUUUAAUGUAAACCAAACUAACUUUCAGUGAGGAUGAUAGAUUGCUACAAAUCAUAUUAUUCCCUUAGUUGUUGCAAUAUUUUAUUCAAUGUUAAAUUGAGUCCAAAUUAAAGUGUCGUUUGG